AGUAGUGGGGAGCACUAUUCAAUGUCUACAACACAGAUCAUUUCUUAUUUUCGAAUUUAAAAAUGGAAAAAAAACACCCAUCUAAACAGUAUGCAUGGGCAUAGAAAGCACUUGGAAGCACAAACAAGAAUACAACAAAAAACUUCAUAAAAUAUGAGGUGAAGAAUUGGUAUAUUAAGUUAUUAACUAUUAAUGGCCAAAUCUUCCAUGAACUAGUCUUAGUAGUUCAUUAUAGUGUUCUCAACAACAUAAAGAAAGUGUAGCCAUUAAUAUGCCUGCAACAUGAAGAUUUAAAUUCACAAUUGGUCACAAUAAGAUGAAAACAUGUACGUGUAUAUGCGAGUGUGUGCUCGUGUGCGUGUACCGGGGGGGGGGGGGGAUGCUGAUAAAAGAAAACUGGGGAUGAGAUUAGUAUAAAUUAAGAGUUAGUGUAAUCAGAAUUUUAUAAGAGAGAAGAUGGUGGGAUCCCACCUUAGGACAGGCGUACUUCAUAGAGCCUCGGCAGAAGUAGAGUCCUCCUCAUGCCUCUAUAUAUAUGUGUGUGCUCUACAACUCACUAUGGGAAGCCAAUAAAAGGAAUAGCUUGACGACUUCUCCCUUCUCCUGACCACUAACACCACCUAAAACAGCAACGACGUCACCUCACCUUGGUGUGGCAAUGACCCUCAACUGCACAGCCCCGAAUCCAGAAUACCGCAUCAGCAACUCGGAAGUAAGUCUCACAGAGAUGUCUGAGCCCCGAGGAAGGGCUGUUCUUGCCUACCCCAUACAAGCUGAUUCCCGACCUGUGCUCCCAGUGAUCUUGCAUCCUAUAACUUUGAAGUUUGAGGAGGUAGUGUGCAAAGUUAAAUUGGAACAAAAAGGAUGGAGUUGCAGUGGUACAUGGGACAGCCAAGAAAAGACUAUAUUGAAUGGCAUAACGGGCAUAGUUUGCCCGGGUGAGAUACUAGCUAUGCUUGGUCCUUCUGGUAGUGGAAAAACCACUCUCCUUACUGCUCUUGGAGGUCGUCUUACAGGUAAAUUAUCUGGAAAGAUUACGUACAACGGUCAGCCUUUUUCUGGUACCACAAAGCGACAAACAGGAUUUGUAGCACAGGAUGACGUUUUCUACCCACAUCUCACAGUAUUUGAAACCCUUUUCUUUACGGCCAUGUUAAGGCUUCCUACUAGUGUGACCCAGGAUGAGAAAGUCCAGCACGUGGACCAAAUCAUAACUGAAUUGGGAUUGACUCGGUGCCAAAACAGCAUGAUAGGCGGGCCACUCUUCAGAGGAAUAUCUGGAGGGGAGAAGAAGAGAUUAAGUAUAGGUCAGGAAAUGCUAAUCAAUCCAAGCUUAUUAUUACUAGAUGAGCCCACAUCAGGUCUGGACUCAACCACAGCUCAGAGAAUCCUGACUACAAUCAAACGGCUCGCAAGUGGUGGUCGAACGGUGGUAACCACUAUUCACCAGCCCUCAAGCCGGCUCUACCACAUGUUUGAUAAGGUCAUCUUACUUUCAGAGGGCUUCCCCAUCUACAAUGGCCCUGCAUCCGCAGCCUUGGAAUACUUUUCCUCCAUUGGAUUUUCAACAUCAAUGACUGUUAAUCCAGCUGACAUUUUACUUGAUCUUGCCAAUGGAAUUAAACCAGAUUCCAAGCAGGGAUCUGAGCAAGGCGAGAUUAGUGAGCAAGAAUAUAAGUUGGUCAAGAAAACUCUUAUUUCGGCAUAUGAGAAACACAUUUCUACAAGACUGAAAGCUGAACUUUGCAAUGUGGAUGUCAAUAAUACAAAAGAUUCUUCUAGAAUUAUCGACAUGAAGGCUGAGCAAUGGUGUACAAGUUGGCAGCAUCAGAUCAAGGUGCUACUUCAGAGAGGGCUAAGGGAGCGGAGGUAUGAAGCCUUAAACAGGCUGAGGAUAUUCCAAGUCAUUAGUGUUGCUAUACUUGGUGGACUCCUAUGGUGGAACACCCCAACUUCUCAUAUUGCUGACCGAAUUGCCAUGCUAUUCUUCUUCUCUGUUUUCUGGGGCUUCUAUCCUCUCUACAAUGCUGUUUUUACAUUUCCUCAAGAGAGAUCAAUGCUCAUCAAGGAAAGAUCAUCAGGAAUGUACCGCUUAUCUUCCUAUUUCAUAGCCAGAACAGUUGGGGACCUGCCAUUGGAGCUUGCACUACCAACUGCAUUUGUUUUUAUAAUCUAUUGGAUGGGAGGGCUGAAACCAGAUCCAUUAACUUUCAUUCUGUCCCUACUCAUUGUUCUUUACAGUGUUCUCGUCUCCCAAAGUUUAGGCCUAGCGUUUGGUGCGAUUCUAAUGGACAUAAAACAAGCCACAACUUUAGCUUCAGUAACAACUCUGGUUUUCCUCAUUGCUGGAGGCUACUACAUCCAACAUAUUCCUCCCUUCAUAGUCUGGCUAAAGUACUUGAGCUAUAGCUACUACUGUUACAAGCUUCUUCUGGGAGUUCACUACAGCGAGAAUGAUUACUAUCAGUGCUCAGAAGGAGUCUGGUGCCGGGUGGCAGAUUUUCCUGCAGUCAAGUCUAUGGGGUUGAAGCAUUUGUGGGUGGAUGUCUGCAUCAUGGCAACGAUGUUGGUGGGUUAUCGACUCAUUGCUUAUUUGGCACUGCAUCGAGUACGGUAGAGAUUAGACUUUCCAGCAGACAAGACAGUUUGAAGAGUUUUCACCUUCUUCAACCGAGACAUCACAUUAGAUUUAGAUGGAAAUCAGGUUGUGAUAUUUUUCAUCAGCCUCCCUUUUGAGUUGAUGUAUUAGCCUUCUAUAACAUACUCUGGAUGAUGCUAACGAAAAUGUCCAAGCUUGGAAUAAGAAUACAAUAUUUUGAA